AGGGGCCAUCUGCACUGUUACAUUAAACGAGUGAACGUGCUGCACAACGCAGGAGUUUGAGGCUCGCGUUGAACACGUGCGGGGGAAAAAAGAGAAGGCGGCUAUAAAAGAAGGGGGCAGAGCCGCGACAUGACAGACUGAGAGAAGAGAAGAAGCAGCAGAAACAGAAGACAGACGUCAAACCCUCGUGUCUCCUGAAAGGCUCAAACAGCACGCGGGGGAUACAGAGCCUCACCUCCGGCGCGAAUCAUUGAAAUGGACCUUCAUGACAAAGAAAUUCUCCCUGGAGACAUCUUGCCUGUGGUGAUCAUUGGUAAUGGCCCCUCAGGCAUCUGCCUGUCCUACCUGUUAUCAGGUUACACCCCUUACCUGUCACCUGAGGCAUCACAUCCAAAUCCCCUGCUGCACAGCAAGCUGGCAGAGCAGCCUCACCUGUCGCUGCUGGAGCAGGACUUGGAGUACCUGUGCGAGGGGCUGGAAGGGCGGUCGUCCAACCCCGUAGCGGUGCUCUUUGAUUCAUUGUUGCUGCCAGACAGCGACUUCGGAUUCGACCACACCUCUCCGCUGGAAUGGCGAUACGAGCCAGAGCGUGCUAUUCCCCACCUGGUGCUGGGGAAGGGUCCACCUGGAGGAGCCUGGCAUGCAAUGGAGGGCUCCAUGCUGACGCUGAGCCUGGCUAACUGGAUGGAGCUUCCUGGGCUGAAGCUGAAGGACUGGAUGAGAGACAAACGCAGAAAUGUGCGAAAUGACCGUGCUACACCAGCAGAGAUCGCCUCCUACUACCAGCACUACGUUUCCCAGAUGUCCCUGGAGCAGAACUUUGCCUGUGGGACUUUAGUCACCUCUGUGACCAGGCAGCCUAUCAGCCAGGAGGGGUCGCCGCCCUGCUGGAGAGUGACAGGACUGCAGCGGAGAGAGGGGGAAGAGCUUGGAGAUGGUUCCACGCUUUCAGAGGAGGUACCUUUCUCCGUGUUAGCACACAAUGUGGUGUUGGCGACAGGCACGCAUGACAUCCCGGCCAGACUCGGUGCACAGGGCGAGUCCCUGCCCUUCGUGUGCCACUCAUUCUGGGAUCUAGAGGCAGCCAUCGCUCGCGGUGAGCUCGACCAGUCGUCAGACCCAGUUCUGGUGGUGGGGGCAGGACUUACGGCAGCCGACGCAGUACUUGCCACCCACCAUCUCAACACCCCUGUCUACCACGCCUUCAGACGCUCAGUCAACGACCCAGAGCUCAUCUUCAACCAGCUGCCUAAACUGCUCUACCCAGAGUACCACAAGGUUCACCAGAUGAUGACUCAACAGCAUCAACGCAAUAAUUCACAACAGGACCAUACGCAGAAUCUUCAUCGUUCCAACCCUUCUUCUUCUUCCUCCUCUCUCCCCCGGUACCCGGGUUACCUGAGCUUCCCGCGCCACAGGGUUGUCGAGUUCAGACCUGACCGAAAGUGCGUUCUAGAGUCAGACGCUGGCGAGCGGACGGUGGUUCAGGUCUCUAAGGCUCUGGUUCUGAUUGGCGCCCACCCCAAUCUUUCCUUUCUAGACAAUAACGGGCGCUCGCUUGGCAUGAACCCUGAGGAGCCCAUCUCAUGCCGGAGGAACCCAAUUGAGGUGGACCCGUUUACAAACAGGGUGAUUGCUGCGAACGGGCCAGGCAUGUACGCCAUGGGGCCGCUUGUAGGAGAGAACUUUGUCAGAUUCCUAAAAGGAGGAGCGCUGGCUAUUGCGAGUGACCUCACCAAGAGACAGAAGGAAGAGGCAGAAAAAGGAGAAGGCGAGCUAAGCAUAGACAGACUAAUGGACAGAUGUGUGGACAGACAGACUCGGACAGAUCCAGAGGUUUGCCUUGUGGAUGUGUAGCAGAUUUAUUUAUUUAUUUUUUUUUUUGUAUAACUGAAGAAAACCAACCAAUCACCACAAAUCUGUGAUGUCACAGAGGAAUCCACACUCAAACGCCAUAGGUCAGGUCAUUGUCGCCCAUUAGUUGCCUAUGAAACGGGCAGCAAGUGAGCUCUGACUGCACUCGCACUGGUUUGAAGACUUCUGAUUUUCUUAGGUAAAGAAAAGCCUCCAGAUGUGAGGCAGUUAGAACAGCUGCACUGUUUCCACCAGAGUCAGAUGGCAUUUGUAAGUAGGCGAGAUGGAGAGAUGAGUCAAAGGAUGCAGUGGAGGACAGACAAGGGGUCUGUUUGUGUUGUCCCCAUCAAAUUGUAUAGGUAGAUAUCACUACGUCAACAUAAAUUUUAUUUAUAAAUAAAAAAAAUUUUUUACAUUUAGUUAAAAAAGAGGAACCAGUCAAAUGUUUUCCUAUCACCACCUAGUGGUCAAAUCAUGCAAAUGAUCUCCAAUUGCUCCUUUAAAUUAGACCCAUUCUAUUAAUUUCAUCUCAAUAGUCAUUUUUGGAUUUAUUUGUAUAUGCUCUUAUUACAUGAAAUGCCCGUUUCGGGACACCUGCCGGCCAGAUACCAGGAGCAUAAUUCCAUAUUCAGGUUUACACCCUACCUUGAUUAUUUUGUUUUAGUAAUUGUAAUUCAGUAUAAGCACUAAUGUACCCUGCGGCAGAAUAACCAGUCAUUACCUUUGCAUGUCUGCGAGGACACAAACUGACGUGAAGAAGCAGAAAGUCAGACUUGAGCGAGGCAGAGAGUUUAUUAAAGACUGACUGGGGACAAACUUGAGUGACAGCUCGAGUUUCUGGACACUCUGAGAGCCUUAUUCACUACAGUAACCACCUGAUUAAACUUUAAUCAGCCAGCAGCACCAUAUGUGACCAAACCGACACGUGUCGUCUCAUCCUCAGCCUUUUCUACAGUGAGGAUAAUGAACAUGUUUCCAUAGCUAAUAAUUUAUUCUGUUAUUGCCACUGUCCUAUUUAAUUUUGUAACACUAACAAUAUUGUUUGUAUAUUGAGUUUUGCUGUUUUCUGAACCCGCCAACCUCUCGUUUUUCUAUGUGAAGCUGUAACUGUACCCAUCUGUGUAUCUUUUUACAUCCUAAAGUAUAAAAAUAUUUUCUACUUUAUACAAAAACAGAACAACUCAGAAUAUUUUUGUAACUUCUGUCGGUGAUGACAUUUAAUCUGAAGCUUUGACAACAUUCGAUUUUGGCUUCACUGUGAGUGAGAACUGUUUUAAGCCCUAUUUGUAUCGAAGUAGUACAACAGUGAAUGUCAUUUACACAUUAAUCUACCAACAUGUGGAUUUCUUCAGUGCACUUUAAAAUGUUUUCACCACACAAAGUCUGAUUUGCUUAAUCAGGAUGCAACAGCUCACCUGUGCAUUUUUGUUAAUACAUUUUUUUUUCUAAAGACAUUUUUUUUAUUUUCAGUAUUACUUCCACUGCAAAUAAGGUUUAAUGUAAUGAGAUUGUAGUUUAUGUAUAUAUAGAUGGCCGGUAGUUUCCAUGUCUUCCUCACAUUGACUGUUCAAAAGAAAUUUUCCAUGCAUCAAAAAGCUAAUUAUAUGCAGUAAAGAUGUUUUUGGUUUGUUUUUUGUUUUUUUAUACUAAUAUUUGUUGAAGCUGUAAAUUUCUUAAAUUUAUUUAACCCUCCGAGUUCAUCUUUGGCAAUCACAAGUACCUGAAACACUGUUUUCAGGCCUUGCUAUCUGAAUGUAAAUUUUGGUUUUGCACAUUGUGAUUAGCUUGGUACCAAGAGAGGCUCCAAACCAACACACAUUCUAAAAAGCAUACAGGCUCUGUUUCCCAGACAAGGAUAAAGUCUGGUCUCAAAGAAAAAACUUUACAGAGGAAUUAUUCUUGGAAUUGUUCCAUUCGUUUAGGAUCAGGAUUAAUUAAUGUCUGUAAAGUGGUGGGUGGGUUAGACCUCACGGGGUUAUCCAGGAAAGAAAGCUUUUGAUAUUCAGAAUAUAUUUUACAGGAGUGUUCUUAGCGCGUCAAGAUCCACAUAACCAUUGGCCCUGCACAGGCUGCGUAUAUUUUCCUAUUGGCUGUGCGCUAACCUUACUCCCUCAGACAGAUGCAUGUCGAGGCUAAACAGCUGUCUGCAAACACUGAGGAGUCCACCUGCAGAAAAACUAAAAUACAAAA